UCUGUUUUGUAGUAAAAGAGAGCAUCUGUUCUUCUAAGAGCAGUCCUGGCGAUCCAUUACGGACAAGAGCUGCAGAUUGCGGUGUAAAAAUCGUAGCAAUGGCAGCUGCAAUUGGAGCGAGAGGACAGGGUAUCCGCAAUACCCUGAGGAUUAGCGUGAAGGACCUCAGCGAGGGCAUGCCCUUCAGCCGAGACACGUUUGUAAAGAAGGUCUUGCUGGAGACCUGCAAGUUCGAGCCCAGGGAUAUCUACUGCCUCCAGGACUUCCCGGGUAAUGGAUAUUUCGAUGUCACCUUUGUACUUCCGACGGGAUGGCAAAAGUUUAUGAAAGAUCUGCAGGAGAAGGGGAACGAAGCUCCGAUGUCCUUACUAAAGGUACAGCCGCUCUUCACCCUCCCAAACCAAAAAGAAAGGACGAUCACGGUGCACAUGUUCAACCCACAUGUGCCCGUAGUGGAUGUCCUCACCUUCCUUGCUCGCUACGUCGACGGAGCAGGGAACUGCGUGGACGUAAAGGACCUGCAUGGGAUUUGGACAAGCAAGAGGCAGGUCAAAGUAAAGCUGAGGAUGGACAAGGAAGGAGCUCUCCUCCACCCUCCCUCGGUUUUCGCAAUUGGAGGGAACAGAGGCUACCUGAGUUACGUGGGGCAGCCCAGACUAUGCAGAAAAUGCAACAAACCUGGGCAUGUGGUGGCCCAAUGCACUGCAGUGGUCUGCAAAAACUGUAAAACGGAGGGCCACGAGACCAAAGACUGCCAGGCCAGCAAGAACUGCAACCUGUGUGGGGAGGGAGGCCACCUUUACAGGGCCUGCCCAAAAAGAGCCUGCUCAUACGCACAGGCAACAAGAGGGGCGGUUUCCAGCACCCCCAGGGCAGGUGAGACACCCACUACCACUGCCAAGCCCCCAGCAGAAAGGGGAAAUAGGGAUGAGGACAGCCCAACCACCUCGAGCCCUCAAGUGCCAGAAGAACACCAGCACCAAGCCCAGGAGGGAGAGUCAAUGGAGGAGGAGGAGGGAGGAGAGCAGAAUUGGACGAUGGUGAGGCAUGGAAAACACCAGAAGGGUCACAAGGAGCAGAGGCCAGAAGGGGUUGGCAAGCGCAAAAAAACCCCCAAAAAACGGUCUCUCUCCCUGACGGAAGGCAGCAACCUCUCCUCGUCGUCGGAGGAUGAGGCAACCGGGAAACCCCACAAGAAGAAAACCGGGGAGGAAAGGAGAAGGUCCUUGCCGAUUGUUUCACCAGCACCAGGAGAUCAGGACAUCGGGAGCAGAGCAGCGGUCGAGGGGCUCCAGCCCCAGGACAUCGGGAGCAGUACAGCAGCCGUUGGGCCCCAGGCCCUGGAGACCGGGAUCAUCGCAGCAGUCGGUGGGGCCAAGCUCCAGGGCAUCGGGAGCAGUGCAGUGGCCGUUGGGCCCCAGCUCCGGGAAACCGGGAGCAUUUGUAGAGGCCAAUGGGCCCCAGCUCCGGGCAACCGGGAGCUUUCAAUACUUCGACUGGAUGUACGUCGAAAGAUCUGCAGGAGAAGGGGCCGACUCUCCGAUACUGCGAAAGGACACCUGCUAGGGGACUGCGCAAGGAAGUGCAAGGGAACUGUCAGGUGCACAGGCAAAGGCUGUGCCCCACAGUGGGAGGACAGAGCUGCUCGGACAUGGGGAGCAGGGAACUGCGUGGACGUAAAGGACCUGCAUGGGAUUUGGACAAGCAAGAGGCAGGUCAAAGUAAAGCUGAGGAUGGACAAGGAAGGAGCUCUCCUCCACCCUCCCUCGGUUUUCGCAAUUGGAGGGAACAGAGGCUACCUGAGUUACGUGGGGCAGCCCAGAGUAUGCAGAAAAUGCAACAAACCUGGGCAUGUGGUGGCCCAAUGCACUGCAGUGGUCUGCAAAAACUGUAAAACGGAAGGCCACGAGACCAAAGACUGCCAGGCCAGCAAGAACUGCAACCUGUGGUGGGGAGGCAGGGCCACCUUUACAGGGCCUGCCCAAAAAAAGAGCCUGCUCAUACGCACAGGCAACAAGAGGGGCGGUUUCCAGCACCCCCAGGGCAGGUGA